AUGGAUGAAUGGAUUAGGGAAGGCUUAUCACGAAUCUUGGACUUUCAUGUUCCGGAAGAUCUUAUAAAGUAUAUAAAUUCUAUAGAAAAUGAAGACGACCUGAAUGAAUACAUGAAGACUCUUUUGGAUUUCGAUAAUUCUCAACAUAAAUCAUUUUUCCUAGAAAUAUGUAAAAGAAAAUUCCCUAAUAAAGGGAGUUUGCCCACAAAACAGCAGAAGAAAAAAAUUUCAAAAAACAAACAGCCAACAGAGUUUGUUUCUACUGAGGUGCAGCCACCCCAUAUAUUGGAAGCCGAUAGCAAGUCUAAAAAGAAGACUAAAUAUGUCAAUUUGUAUUCCCAGGAAGGCAAAAAUGCACAAGUGGUUUUGCUUAAAGGUAGGCAUCGUUGUGAUUGCCAAGCUUCCAAGCAUGAGCUGAUUAACAAUUGUCUGCAGUGUGGGCGAGUAGUCUGCAAACAGGAGGGGUCUGGGCCCUGUUUAUUCUGUGGCAAUCUUGUUUGUACACCACAAGAGCAGAAGGAAAUCAACGCUAAAACGAAGGCAAGCGCUAAACUCAUGGAAUCUUUAAUGGAGAGGAAUAGACCUAAAGGUUGGGAGGCAGCGAUGUCCCAUAGAAAUAGAUUGCUUGAGUAUGAUUGCACAAGCGAGAGGCGAACGCGCGUGACGGACGACGACAGCGAUUACUUCAGCGCGGGAAGCGUUUGGCUCAACCCCGCAGAGAAGCGCCGCCUCGAGGAGUACCAGAAGACCCUGCACGAGAAGAAGCACGCCUCCAGGCUCACCACCAAACUCACCUUCGACUUUGCCGGUCGGCAAGUGGUAGAAGACAACACGAUUGACUACGACGUGGACGAGGAGAAAGUGCGCAAGAUGGCGAACGGUGACCACGCAGCAACGGUUGCUAAAGCGGGACAAGACUUCGGCGGUAUAGACGCGCCGUUCCUUCAAUUUGACGAGUCGGUGGCGAGUCAAAGCUACUCUUCCGCAGUUAGAGCCCCACCAAGCCUGCCAGUCAGCCGUGUCCAAGAUACGGAAUUGCAGGAGAUGAGUGAUACGGGGCGCUGUCUAUCUAUGCACCAGCCAUGGGCUUCGUUACUCGUUGAGGGCAUCAAACUGCACGAGGGUCGCACGUGGUACACUAACCAUCGGGGCAGACUUUGGAUAGCGUCGACAGCGAAACCCCCCGACCAGAGCGUCGUCAGAGCUCUGGAGAACCAAUACAGGGUGCUCUACCCAGAUAAACAGUUCAAAUUCCCCUCGUUCUAUCCUACUGGCUGUCUUCUGGGCUGCGUCACCGUCGACAACUGUCUACCCCAGGAGGAGUAUCAGAAGCUUUUUCCUGGCGGGGAGAGUGACAGCCCUUACGUGUUCAUCUGCUCAAAUCCGAUCAGUUUGAGGCUUCGAUUCCCAAUAAAGGGGCAGCAUAAGAUAUACACCUUGGACAAGACAAUCCAUCAGGCAGCAGUGAAGUGCAUGCAGAACAUGCCCAAAAUACCGGUCGAGGAGGCGACCGCUGCG